GGUUUUUGAUUACCCACAAUUCAUCUGCAUAUUUUGACAUGGCGCCGACAGCUGAGGGCAUGGAGGAAAAAACGCAAAGAAACAUCAUACUGUUCAAUGCUUCUAAGAGAGAACUUUUCACACCAAGCAGUGGAUACAAAACACUUAACCGAAAACUUCGAUCAACAUGGAAAAUAAAUACAAACAAAGAGGAAGUCACGGACGAGAGAUUAGCUGGGUCAAGAAUAUUUGUAGUGGCUGGAAGCAGGGACAAAUUUUCAGCAGCAGAGUUUGAUUCUAUGAAGCGUUACCUGGACACUGGUGGAAGUAUCCUCAUGUUAGCUGGUGAGGGUGGAGAAUCAAGGUUCGACACAAACAUCAACUUCUUUCUCGAGGAGUUUGGCAUCAAUGUCAAUGCAGAUGCCGUUGUAAGAACAUCUUACUACAAAUACUUCCAUCCAAAGGAGUGUUUAAUCUCUAAUGGCGUUCUGAACAGAGCAAUAAGCCAGGCAGCCGGGAAAUCUGUCGGAUAUGGAAAUGAGGAUGAAAAUAAUGCACAGGCUCUACAGUUUUUAUAUCCAUAUGGAGCGACAAUUUCCGCCAUGAAGCCAGCAGUAGCUGUCCUGUCAACUGGCAGUGUAUCGUUUCCCUUGAACAGGCCAGUGUGCGCCCUCUACAGCCAUAAGAGCUCGGGCAAGCUGGCGGUGCUGGGAUCAGCUCACAUGUUCCAUGAUCAGUACAUUGACAAGGAAGAAAACAGCAAAAUCUUGGAUGUUUUGAUCCGGUUCUUGACCACAGAUGAAAUCAAGCUGAAUGUUAUAGAUGCUGAUGAUCCUGAGAUCUCGGACUACAACAUGUUGCCAGACGUAGCAAAGAUCUCAGACAACUUGAAAACUUGUCUCCAAGAGAGCGAUGAUAUCCCGAGAGACAUCACGACCCUCUUCGACAACUCCCUGUUCAAACUUGACACCAGUCUUGUACCAAAGGCCAUCAAAGCCUUUGAACAGCUUAAUACCAAACAUGAGCAUUUGACUUUGAUCACACCACAGUUCGAGACACCUCUGCCACCUCUCAACCCAGCGGUAUUCCCGCCUCAGUUCCGAGAGUUGCCCGCCCCUUGUCUUGACCUCUUUGACCUUGAUGAGCAGUUCUCCUCGGAGAAGGUCCGCCUAGCCCAACAGACCAACAAAUGUAUGGAUGAUGACCUGGAAUACUAUGUUCGUGAAUGUGGGGAUAUUCUUGGCGUGACCACACAUCUGGCACAGGAUAAUAGGGACGCCAAACACAUCCUAGAGUACAUCUUUUCUCAAGUUGUAGAGUUCAAGAAAUUAAACCAGGAGCGUGAUUAUGACACAGUCCAGUAUGGGGGAGGUAGCGGGGCAGAGGCCAUGUACUAACGCUACAAUGAUGUAUACCUGUUUUUCAAUAACUUACAAGCACACUUGUGAUACAUUCCAUUGGACUUUUAUCAUGUUUCUCUGUAUAAGACAUGCAUUAUUAAAUGCCCUACGGAGCAUAGAAAACAACUUGAAUCUAAUAAAGUAUCGAACUGUUCAUAGCUAGAAACAUCAGUUAUGUUUUAAGGGAACACGUCCACUCCAUUACUUCAGUGCUAUUUGAUACCUACUGGGCCAUAUGACAGAGCAUCUUACUGUAAGUUAAGCUUGUACCUUUUCCUUAAAUUCCACUGAUUCCUAAACUGAUUUAUUUCUCCUGUAGAAAGUGUUAUGCUUAGUGUAUAUUUUGCUUUUAAAUUAUGGAAACAAAAUUUAAAAAAUGAAAACACCAUUUUAAAGAAUCAGUUUUUUCAAGAAUUAAAUUUUUUCCAAAUUCGACACUUAAGUUAAAAUAAUUAUGUUGUUGUUUUUUAAGAUGCUUCUGUAAUACAGUCUAGUACUGUAAUUAUAGGCCUGUUAUGGAAAUUGAAGUAUUUUUUUUACAUAUAUGUACAUAUAAUAUGCUAUCAGGUGAUAUUAAAGAUGAAUUGUUUGUUGUAAGAACAAAUGUUCUUUCACAGUUCUUUUAUGGUCACACAGUUUUGUAUUCAAGCUGUAUUGUUUCAUAAGCUAGUCUUUUUCAAAGAAUAUACUUAUUUGAAUUGUCAUGGCCAUUGAGUGAGUGUCAUCUUUGACAUGUAACACGAUGACUUGACAAUUACUUAAAAACUUAAGGUAUUCCAAUGAUACUUGUAAACAUUUUAACAAUUUUCACAAUAGUCAAUAUGUAUAAGUGAAGAAAGGCCUUUAAUCAUUGCUAAUAGCCUUUAUAUUUACAGCUUUUACUUCACCUUAGACCUUUUGUAUAAAACAUGAAAUUCAUGUUGUAAAAUAAGCAAGGGUGAGUGACACCUUUUUUAUUUCAAUAUUGCGCUCUGAUUGGAUAAGCCGCGAUGUGAUAUACCUAAAGUAUACAAUUUUACAGUUAUUGGCUGGUAGUUUAUGCAAACAUAUGCUGUCGGGCUGUAGUGUUUGGUCAACUAAAAAUGUGUAAAUGUGUUGGCAUUAAUUUAAGUUAUUAAGGCUGGUUAAUUGUUCUACCUGUAACUGAACAGUCAAGUACACUUGGUGUAGAAAAAAAGUUAAAAGCCUUUGCGCUUCCAAUGUAUACCAACUGAAACUUGUUUUAUUCAGUUUGAACUUGUAUCUUGUUCUCAGCCUGAUCCACAAUGGGAUGAUCGUUCAGUACUUUGUUAAAAUUAACAACGUUGUUAGCGAAAUCGUUGAUACCUUUUUAUGGUUAACUGUUUCAUGAUGUGCUUAUAUAUGGCAAUAAAAAUAAGUACAGCUGAAACAGUUGUCUCUAAAAUCUUGUAAGGAAUACUGCAGAUUAUAAAAAUAUCCUUUAAACUUCCAGAGCUAUUCAGAUUUGACAGUUAACAAUCAUGACGUUAACAACCAUGACGUUACCAACGUUGUUAACUCAAAGUUCUGAACAAUUGGCCGAUUGUUUUGAUUCAUUUCAUACAAUAGUUAGAUCUGAUGGUUUUGCGUUGUACAUAACUGUUUAUUUAUUAUAUUUGACUUACCCUUAAUGCAUUUUUUUGACAUCAUACAUUGACUUAUAAUUAAUAUCUUCUCAUUAUUUGUUCUUCCUAAACCUGUCCUCAAAUUACUGAUUAAGGAAUGCUUUAAUUAAUCUUAUGGAAACUAUGCUGCGUUUAAGCUUUAUAUAUUGAUCUUUGGGCUGUUCUUCAAAUUAUUUAUUUAUAAGGAAAAAUAUGAAGAAAUGUUUUGUGUAUUAUAAAUGUCUUAUUAUUAUAUUUGUAAUACAAUGUUAGUGAAAUAAAAUGAGUCAAAUAUU